AUGGAGGAAGGGGGGAUAGUGGAGGGCUUCAGCACGGAGGAGCUGGAGUGCAAGAUCUGCUACUGCCCAUAUAGCCUAGGCAGCCGGCGCCCUAAGGUCCUCGAGUGCUGUCACCGCCUGUGUGCCAAGUGCCUGGCCAAGAUCUUAGACCUGGGCGAGUCGCCCCCCAACGCUGUGGUGUGCCCGUUUUGCCGCUUCGUCACUAGUUUCCCGGGCGAGGCGGUGGGCAGCCUGCCAGAUGACUGCAACUUGGUGGCGGCGCUGGCCCUCCAGACCCGGAACCAGAGGAACUUGCACUACCACCACGAGGGCCCCACCGAGCUGCUGCUCAGCCCCAGGCAUCUAAACUCGCUCAUGGGCAACCCUCCCAGCGGCUCCCCCUCCUCCUCCACUACCACUACCACCAGCACCACCACCACCCACACCUACUCCUCCAUCCGCGGCUCGCCGAACUACAUGGUCAUCACCAUCAUGGAACCGCCUCCAUCUCCUCAGGACCACCACCCCUACCAGCUUCACUCCCACCCCCCCGGAGUAACCACCAUCCAGGGUAGGGAUUACCACUCCUCCAGCCUGGACUCCAUGGCCUCCAUCACCCAGAGGUGGACGGUGUGGAACUGCGCCGCCCGGGCUCUGGUGUGGGUGUUGGGGCUCCUCUACUUCAGCUCCUUGCCCAUGGGGGUCUACCUGCUCAUCAUGCAGAAGACCACCCUGGGGGUCCUUCUGGUAAGCCUGGUCCCGGCAAGCCUUGUCAUGAUCAUGGUCUACGGCUUCUGCCAGUGCCUCUGUCACGAGUUCUGGGACCUCAUGCCCCGUAGCAGCCAAAGAAUGACCAUCUGA